UUUGUCAUCGCUAACCAGCUGAUAAACUUCAGAAAAUUUUGUAUUUACUUUAAAAGUAAAAAGUGUAUUCGAGUUCAAUCAAUUACACAAAGAAACCUUCUAACUUCUCUAAAUUCAAUAAAAAAACAACGUGAUAAACAAACAUUUUAGUUGUGGACCUAAUAAUUAAAUUUGACUUCAACAUAUUAUGGACAAUUGUUGUGGCGGAGAACAACGAGACCAAUCAAUUAAAGAAAUGUUGAGAUCACUUAUUGACUCGAAAGUUAUAAAUGUUCAAUUGCUAACAAUUGCUAUUGGUGUAUUAUUUAUUGUUGUUAUGUUUAAGAAUAAAUAUAAAAUCAUUGCUGGAAGAUGAGAAAUAUAAAAAAUGCUUUAAUUGUUUUACUUUU